CCUUCAAUGUAGAUAUCACCUCAUCACCUGAUCAUGACCAGUUUUCAAAAGAUGUCUCUCAAAUCCUCUUCCCUUUUUGCUCUUUGUUUCUCCUCCUUUCUUCUCUUCAAUACUGUAAGAGCUUCUAACAUCACCCAAAUCCUCAGCCAGUACCCUGAUUUCAGCACCUUCAGCAGCUAUUUGACACAAACCCAACUUGCUGGUGAAAUCAACAGCCGCCAAACGAUCACGGUCCUAGUGGUGGAAAAUGGGAACAUGUCUCCUCUCUCUGGAAAACCAAACGGUGAGAUCAAGAAUGUGUUGAGUGGGCAUGUAAUACUCGAUUACUAUGAUGUAGCAAAGCUGCAAAAAUUACAAAAUAAAACUGCUAUGCUCACCACCCUUUUCCAGUCCAGUGGGCAAGCCAAAGGCCAACAAGGGUUCUUGAAUGUCACGGUUUUGGGUUCUAAUUCAGUUGCCUUUGGGUCAGCAGUUCCAGGAUCCAGCCUUAGUUCAAAUUUGGUUAAAUCUGUUUCCUCUCAACCCUAUAAUAUUUCAGUCUUGCAGGUUAGCAAUAUCAUUGUCUCAGCAGGCACAGGCAAUGCAAAUUCCACCACUUCACCUGUUCCUGUAGGCCCACCAAAAACUUCCCCAACACCAGCAUCAAGUCCAAAUAAGCCACCAUCCACCUCAAAUCCUCCACCCAGUAAGGCACCUGCACCAUCCACAGCAAAACCUCCACCCACUCAUGCACCUGCCCCAUCAAUGGCGAAGCCUCCAGCUGCUAGCGCACCAUCAGCUACCCCGCCUGCCAUGUCUAUCUCGCCUGUGGGAGGACCUUCACCAACAACUGCCGAUGGCCCUGCUGCAGAUUCUCCAGCUCCAUCCCCUCCAGCAAUGGAUGGUCCAAUAGCAGCAACUCCUGCUGCUGAUGGCCCUUUGGCAGACGCUCCUUUAGACCCCAAAUCUGAUGCAUCUGUCCUUACUACUGGAAAUAACCUUGCUUUAUUGGCACUGAUUCUACUCUCGGCAUUUUUUCUGGCCUAGAUUACGUUAAUAUGAAGUUAGAAAGAUUAAUCAGGUUCUUAGUCCUUUGGACUUGCUAAAUUGAUGGCAAGUUGCACGUACGUCAACCUUUUUACUUGAUAUCAUUUAUUUUGUUUUUGGCGUUCAGUUUCAACUGUACGCGCCUUCAAAAUUCUGUAAACCUUUCCCAGAAAGGGAUUAAUCAUUUGAAAUGAACACUUGAAUCAUUGCGGAGAAGUAGAGCUAUGUUUAAAUCGUUGUAUACUGCUUUUUAUAUUAAUCAAAGUAUCAAACUGUCUAUUUUUUUUUUUAA